GGAAGAGAAAAAUAAGUGUGAGAAAAUAACUCCAGUGAGCUUGGUCUGGAAGCACCGCGGACCCCUCUCGCGUCUCUUGUUCCAGACCUUUCUAUUUGCUAACAACAAUACGUUAUGCAAAUUGACCUUUAGAUGGGAGUAUAAAGACUCAGAGACCUGGAACACCCUUUAUUCGCGAACCCUUCCAAGUGCACGCUGUUUUUGUCUUUUGGUCCGUGAACUAUAUUCUGCGCUUCGAUUUUUUGAGAGUGUUUGCUCGAUUCACUCACUCUAGUAGUAGGCCAUGUCGGGGAAUUCGACUACAGCAGCACCGACAACAGCCACUCCGAAGAACGACAGCACUAGCACGUUCGUCGUUGCUUUGGUAAUCAACGGUAUCAUUGCUCUAGUAGUGCUGUUGAUAUACUCGCUGUUAAGGCCCAAGCUAAAGCACAUCUACGCUCCGCGAUUGCUUUUGGUCGACAAGAAGUACCCACUUGGAACCCUGUCGGAGAAAUGCUUCGGUUGGAUUUUACCAGCGUUCAAGGCAAGCAACGAUGAUAUUUUCAACUACUGUGGGAUGGAUGCGCUCGUUCUGAUUCGCUUCCUGAAGUUCUGCUUAGUUGUUUCCCUCAUCAUCCUCCCCUAUGGGAUCAUCGUUCUCUUACCCAUUCAUGUGCAUGGAGGAUUGGAUCUGGGGGAACUGGACCAGCUCACCCUUUCCAACGUGAAAGCCGAGUCGCAUAUGAUCUGGGCGCACUUGAUUGCGGUCUGGGCAUACACGAUAGUCAUCUGUUACUUGCUCCACAGAGAAUGGAAAAUCUUUAUUGUCUACAGGCAGAAAUACUUAGCCAAGGGGUUAAGACACCACUAUGCCGUGCUUAUUCGAGAUCUUCCUACUAAGCUCCAAAACAAUGAGAGCUUGAAAGCCUAUGUCGAUCAGCUGUUCCCAGGACAGGUUAUUGAUGUUACUGUUGUUGAAGAUCUUGACAAAUGGCAGGAAUUGGUUAACCAACAUGACCAGUUCAUAUGGAAAUUGGAGAAAGCAAAGUUUCUGCUGGAAAAGAAAGGUGAACGACCUCAGCACAAGACUAAACUGUGUGGUAAAGAAAAAGUGGACUCUAUUUCCUGUUAUGAGGAGGAGUUGAAGAGAGUCCGUGAUGAGCUCACUGAAGAAAAAGACAAAGAACAUAAAGCAACAUGUUCUGCAUUUGUGAUCUUCAAUUCCCUAAAAGCUGCAAGCUUGGCAGUGCAGUGCCGUUGGGACAGCGCACCAAUUGCUAACAUCAUUCGCCCAGCCCCUGAACUCAACAAUGUCAUUUGGGGCAACCUCUCUAUUUCCUUUUUGAGCAGAAAAAUCCGGUCAAUCAUUGUGGUAGUGUUCACAUUCUUUCUUGUUGUGUUCUGGAUGGUGCCUGUUGCCUUUGUGUCGUCACUUAUCCAACUUGAAAACUUGACCGAGAAACUUCCUUUCCUCAAAGCAGUGAACGACAUGCCUGUAUUUGUAACUGGUUUUCUGGGUGGUUUCCUCGGUGGUUUGGCCCUGCUGAUUUUCUUCAUUAUCCUACCUCUGAUCUUGCGUUUGGUGUCAAGGCUUCAAGGUCUCUCUUCCUGUAGUGAGGUCCAAAGGUCAGCACUUGGAAAACUCUUCAUAUUCAAGAUCCUCAACAUGUUCUUGUUACUCGCCAUUGCUGGCUCAGUUCUUAACAAACUUACCAACAUCAUGGAGGAGCCUACUAGCAUUGUCAGCUUUCUUGCCAAAACCCUUCCUGGCCAGUCAACCUUCUUCAUCACACUUAUCUUGUUGAUGGGUUUAGGUGGAUUUCCCUUAGAGCUGUUGAGAAUUGGCCCACUGAUUGUCGUCGCACUGAAAAGAAAGUUCCUUAAUCUGACUCCCAGAGAAGACAAGGCUGCCUGGAGACCACCUCCUAUUGCUUACGAUGUGCAGUAUGCUAAUCAUCUGUACGUACUGAUUGUUGGAUUGUGCUAUUCCAUCAUGGCUCCUCUCAUGACUCCAUUUGUCUUCCUCUACUUCAUCCUUGCUUUUAUUGCCUGGUCUAACCAAGUCAUGUGUGUCUACAUUCCAACCUUUGAUUCUGGUGGACUACUGUGGCCUAAGGUUUUCAACAGAAUGAUUGCUGGUCUCCUAGUUUUCCAGUUGCUCAUGAUCGGCAUCUUUGGUCUCAAAAUGAAUGCUGCUGUUUCUGUACUGGUUCUCCCACUGCCUGCCGUCUCCCUUUUGUUCUUCACCUUCGUGCAGUUUUAUCUUCUCCCUGCCUCUGCCAACCUGACACAGGAGAAGGUCACUUCUGAAGAGGAGCCGCAGGUCCCAGCGGAGAUUGCCCAAAGCUACAUUCGAAACUACGAGAUGCCUCCAGAGCAGGCACCAACCAACGAGGCAUUGGAGUCAGAAGACCAUGGAAACGAAGGCACCAAGUUGAUCUCCAAGCCAUCACACUCCUCAAAGGAAGAAAAACUGGAUACUCACGUCUAAGAUAGAUAUCAACUAUGACUUGUAAGUUAAAGUUUGGAAAAGAGUCAUCUAGAACUGUAAAGAUUGGUUUUUAGAUCUUACUUUAAAAAAAUUCAUAUAAGAGAGAAGCGUGAGUUGAUUUUUCUGAUGAUAAUUUUUAUCAAAAAGGUCGAAGAACAGUAUACUUUUUAAUAAAAAUGAUUAUCAAAAACUUUGGAGUUUAAAAAAAAGUAACCAAGAAAUAGAUUGUACUGUGUGAAGUGUAUUCUUUGAAUGAGAAUGUCAUAGAUUCAUCAUUCAUUAAUAUCUAGAGAGAGGUGGCUACUCUGAACAGGAAAAUAUCACAACUAAGAAGUCYUGCGUACUAAAAACCUUUGUGACAUUUCAGCUUGUAAGGAUUUUAAUAAAUUUACAGGUGAUAGGACUGUCGAUUAGUGCCGUAGUGUUCUGUAUAAAGAACAUAUUUAACCCAGAAACUAAACAUGAUAGACCACAAAAAAAUAACCUGUUUAUGUUGAUAAAUUAAGUAAAAAGUACACCAUGCAUAUCUAUCAUAGAGUAGAUAAUCUAGUAGAGUAUGCUCGAGAUGUUCAAAUAGUGCAACUAGUGAAAAAGUAGUAACUAGUACAAAAUUAAACAAAAGAAAACAAGGUAUCUUGUUUUGUUUGAUACUUUUUCAUGGGUUCAAUGCACUUUAAAAUUAAUUUUAAACUAGAAAUAAGCUGUGUGUUUAUGCUAAGAUAGCAAUAGAGAUAAUAUAGCUAUAAAAGAAAAAGUAUUCAAGGCUUAAAUUUUUAAGACUAAGUAUUAUAACAACACAUGUUCCAUAGAUGUUCCAUAGGUCUAUAUUUUGAAAUUUAGUUUUAAGUCUAGAGUUGUAUCACAAUAAUAAUGUACCCUAAGAUCACUGAUAAAAUAAAGUUACUCACGAUCUUUA